AUGCCUAAAAUGCGACGCGUCUGGAUAGCCCUGGUCGUAAUCGCAGGGCUCGUGUGCGCUCUUCUCUAUAUCACGCAUCAAGACAACCCGCUCGUGGUCGACGACGGCGGGUCGGAGUUUAACGUGACCGAGACGCUCGAGGACUUUCGGUGCUACCUCACCGCCUGCGACGCCGCCGCGACGGCGGCGUGCUGCGGCGGCGCCGCGUGCGCGACCGUCGAGGACGCCGCGUGCUGCCGGCGGUCGGUCUGGGCGCGGGGCGGGGGCGACUACGCGUGGGUUCCGCACGAGGCGCUCCGAUGCGUCGACCGCGCGUGCCGCGCGGAGGGCUUCGGCCCGCACUGCGACGAGGCCUGUGCGCCCUACGGUACGGGGAGGUGGUGCGCCCGCCGCGUCGCCGCGGACGCCGUCCUGGCCCCGCGCGCGCGCCUGUCGGACGCCGACUACGACGCGCGUCUCUCGCGGGCGUGCCGCGACCCCGAGGGCGUCGUCGUCGACCGCCGCGGCCGCGUCGUCCCCCGCCUCCACGCCGAGGCGCACGACAAUGCGCUGGGCUCGUGCGUCGCCUCCCUCGCCGACGACGUCGUCUUCGUCGGCGACAGCCAGACGAAAAUGAUGCGAUUCGAAUACGCGCGGUGGCUCGACGGCGGGCGCCGGGAGCCCUACGGCAUCAGCGCCGAAGAUUUCGGGCCGGCGCCGGGCGCGGUCCCGGACGAGGCGGCGGCGCCGCCGCCGACGAGCAUGGCCGCGCUCGUCGCGGCGCGCGGCUACGACGGCGCGCUCGCGGGAGCCUUCGAGGAGGUCACGGGCGUCUACGCCAAACCGAAGCGCGGCUUCGAGGACAAGAAGCGGACGAACCUCAACGCGACGCUCGAACGCCUCGCCGAGCGGACGCGGCGAAACCGCGCGCGGCGGGGCCUCUACGUCGUCGGCUUCGGCGUCUGGGACCUGACCUUCAGCGGCGAGGACGACGUCGUCGGGCGGUUCGAGGCCGAAUUCGCCGCGUUCUUCCCGCGCCUCCUGGACCUCGUCGCCGGUGCCUACGACGAGGCCGACGUCGUCCUCCGCAAUCUCUGGACGUCGUUCGAGCGCGACAAGGGCGCCAGCUGCGGCGCGCUCCCCGAGGUCGCGCGAUCCGAGGCUUUGAACGAGGCGAUCCGCCGCGUCUUCGACGCGGCCGCGCCCCCGGCGAACGUGCACCUCCACCUCCUCGACGUCGAACAGCUCUCGCGGCCGCGGCGCUUCGAGAUGCCGCAGACGUCCGACGGGCUGCACUGGGCCUGCAACUCCAAGGCGAGCUUCCCCGGCGGCGCGUCGCGGUGCCGCUACACGCUCAACGCCGUCGACCGGCCGGACGAGGUCGCCUGGGCCGGCCUCCAGAUCGCCCUCCACGAGGUCUGCGCGCGACGCGGCCUCUACGCCCGGUAA